AUGCACCCAGAAUUUCGAGCCGUCAUCCCAGCAGCGAGGGUGAAAAGGAAGAAUAUAAAUCAUGAGUUUAGAUGUUUAAAGUUCCGGGAGACUUUUGUAUCCAAAGUUGAGUCAGUCACUACUGAUGCCACUGGUGGGGAGGUAGAGGAUCUCUGGUCAAGGUUGAAGACCCCGCUCUUGGAAGCGGCUGCGAGCGUGUGUGGGUACUCCAAGAACCAUCUGUGGAAACCUGAGACCUGGUGGUGGGAUGACCAUGUAGAAGAAGCUGUGUCCAAGAAAAGGGCACGGUUUAAGGUCUUCAACUCCCUUAGGAAGCAAGGUAAAACUGCGGUAGCAAUGGUCGCAAAAACUGCCUACAAUGAAGCCAAACGCCUUGCUAAGCACGCUGUCUGGCUGGCCAAAUCUGCAGCAGAGAAAGAGACUUUUGCUGUCAUCGAUCCUCAAGGUGCAGAUGUGUACCGCGUAGCCAAACAGAUGGAGCGUUCCAACCAGGAUGUUGUAGGCGAAAUGUGCGUUCGGAACGACGCAGGUGAACUCUCCCUCAACGACGAGGAUAAGAUGAAGGCCUGGGUCGAACACUACAACAGGCUCUUGAACGUGGAGUUUGACUGGCCAAUGGAUGAGCUUCCAGAGGCUGCUCCAGUUGUAGGACCUGCUCCACCAGUCACUACUGAGAUGAUCAGCAAGGCACUGAGUAAGAUGAGGUUUGGAAAAGCUGUGGGCCCUUCUGGCAUCAACGCUGAGAUGCUAAAGGCAGCUGGCGAGGAGGGCAUCGAGUUGACUAGACAACUGACUGAAGCGGUCUUCAGGAACGGAACUGUGCCGGUUGAGUGGGAGAAGAGCAUCAUUCUCAGUCUCUACAAGGGGAAAGGCGAAGCUCUAGACCGAGGCAACUACAGAGGCCUCAAGCUCACCGACCAUGUUAUGAAGUUACUGGAGCGUGUGCUGGACUCAGCUAUUCGUAAGAUGGUCAACAUCGACGACCUUCAGUUUGCCUUUGUGCCUGGCAGAGGCACCACCGAUGCCAUCUUCAUUGUGCGCCAGCUGCAAGAGAAGUUCAUAGCCGCAAACAAACCUCUGUACUUCGCCUUUGUCGAUCUGGAGAAGGCCUUCGAUCGAGUUCCCAGAAGGGUGCUGUGGUGGGCACUGAGAAGUCUUGGUGUUGAGGAGUGGGCCGUGAGGGUGAUCCAGGCCAUGUACGCAAAUGCCAGGAGCCGUGUGCGAGUGAACGGACAGUACAGCGAGGAGUUCGGCGUUGGUGUUGGCGUUCACCAGGGAUCUGUCCUCAGUCCCCUGCUGUUCAUCCUCGUUUUGGAAGCUCUGUCUCGUGAAUUCCGCACUGGAGUCCCCUGGGAGCUCCUGUACGCAGACGACCUGGUAAUCAUCGCAGACACCCUGGAAGAAUGCAUCGCUAGACUGAAGGCAUGGAAGUCGGGCAUGGAACGCAAAGGCCUGCGGGUUAACAUGGGAAAGACAAAGAUCAUGAUUUCUGGUCAAGGACUGAACAAACUGAAGGAAACUGGAUCUUUCCCGUGUGCUGUAUGCCGUUCCGGGGUGGGUGCUAACUCCAUCCAGUGUACAGUUUGUAACUUUUGGGUCCACAAGAGAUGCUGUGGCAUAAGAGGGAGUCUGCUAGCUGUGCAGAACUAUACAUGUCCGCGGUGUCGAGGGGAAGCUAGGCCACUGGAUGGCCGCCCUACAACACAAUUCACUGUGGAUGAAGUGGUCUUGGACGUGGAAGCCAGCUUUUGUUACCUUGGGGACAUGCUCUGUGCUGGUGGCGGAUGUGAGCUUGCAGUCACCACCAGAUCCUGCGCUGCCUGGGGUAAAUUCAAGAAGCUCCUGCCCAUCCUUACUUCCAGGCACCUACCCUUCAAAACCCGUGGCAAGGUGUUUGACUGCUGUGUACGUGCGGCCAUGCUUCAUGGGAGUGAAACCUGGGCACCUACCACCUCUGAUCUACAGCGGUUGCGCCGCAAUGACCGUGCCAUGAUCAGAUGGAUUUGUGGCGUCAAACCCCGGGAUGAGACCCCUUCAUCUAGCUUACUUGAUAAACUUGGUAUUCUGGACAUCAUCUCAGUGCUGCAGUCCCGCCGUCUUAGAUGGUUUGGGCACGUUGAAAGAUCUAGUGACUGCAUCAAUAAGAUCACCAAACUGAAAGUAUCUGGCAACAGAGGUCGUGGUAGACCUAGGAAAACCUGGAGGGACUGUGUCAGCAGGGACUUGAAGGAGUGCG